AUGCAUCCGAUCCACUCCAUCCCUCGGCGCCAAGUCGCCGCGAUAGGUACCGCCCACCCCCCCGCUAGAGCGCAGCAGCCAGAAACCCGUCUUGCUGGUUGGAAGCUUCGGAGUCGUGUGUAG